ACCAAUGAGAAUUUGCUAGAACCAUCUGAGCAUAUUUCAAUUACGAAAUCCAUAAUCAAAAUAGAACCCCAAAAGCCAAAACAAACUGUGCGAUGCCCUUGAUUUCUCAUUGUAUAAAAGCAAAGCAAUAAUACCUUUAGCUUAAUUUGCCGAUGAUACCAUGGACUGUUCGAACUCCGACAUGAUGGAGGCUGAAUUUCCGUCUAUCACAGCCGGCGAACGCGAUUCCGUUCGCCACUUACUCACAUUAGCUCGUCAAUUCAUCAAUCAACGAAAGCCUUCCCAAGCUCUCCAAGCGGUUGUAAUGGCAAUGAGAACUCAAGGUGGGGAUGCAGCAGUCUUUCAAUCUUUGCAUCGUGCAAGGGAGCUAUACAGAAGUCGGUUACAGGAGACUGCUGAUGUUGAUCAACUAGCUUCUUUAUUUGCAGAGUGUGCUAUAGCUGAAGCCCAACAGCCUUUGAACCCUGAACCUACUGAAAGUAACAAUAAUAUGUCUAGCUCAUCAGUUGUCGAUGGUCAUGCUAAUUCAAUUCUGGCAGAAACUGGUAGGAUGCAAGUUGUUAUGGAUGCCUUCUCAGAUGGGAGCAGUUUUAUUUGUUUGCAAUGUGGGGGUCUUGUUAGUAACCAUCGCAAAGAUGAGCAUUAUGCAUAUUGGUGUGCCCAGAUCUAACUUGUUUUAGUGUAUCAAUCCUCAUUCUUGUCUUACCUGGCAAGAAAAUAUCCUCCAGAACUUGUAUUUGUGUCUUUCGAUUUGUACAUGCCACAGCUGCUCUUAUGUUGGCACACCCCAGUUGUUGUCGAUGCUAGCAAGCUAAGGUUUUAAAUGGUGUUGCCAAUUGUUGUGAGUGAGCUCUUUCUUGAGUAGCUUGCAACAUAUUCCUCUGUACAACGAGAGAGAUAAGAGAUAUAUAAACACGAUCAAUUUGGUUUGCCAACAUCAUCCUCAUACAUAAGUUCUCAUUUUAGAAGAGGCAGUAACCAGACCCAUAUAUGGACUUAUUGUAUGGAGAUAACACCUAUUUUUUUCCUUUCUAAUCGUAUUUCAAGGCCUACCAGGUUUUGCAGAUAA